GACAGUUCAUACUUUCACUUUGCGCAGACGCUGAAUUGACGUUUCUUGAAGAUUUCCUGCCAACUCUCUAGCAAAAACACAAUAAACUUCACUUCAUACGCCGACUUCAAUGGAGUGGGAAGCCUCAUGGUAUCAUUAAGAGCCUUUUCUAAGCACUAGAAAACGAAAGGGACACGGUUAGCUAACUCUAAGAAGCAACAAUGCUCUGACAUGUAAAGUACCGUUGAGCUAACUGUCCCCUCCUGAACAGUUGGAGUCUCUGGAAGAUUUUUUAUUUUUUUUUAUUUUUUUGUCCUGCAGCAUACCUCACAUAAUGGACCGGAACGCCCUGAAGCAGAGCCAGCUGUGUGGUUCUUGGGAGAUGAAGGAAAGGCUUGGAAUAGGAGGCUUUGGUCAUGUCUACCUGUACCAGCACCUUGACACUGGAGAAAAAAUUGCUGUGAAACUUUGCCGUCUGGAGCUGAAUUCCAAAAACAAAGGCAGAUGGAGCAGAGAGAUUCAGAUUAUGAAAAAGUUGAAUCAUGUGAAUGUUGUUCAGGCCAGAGAAGUUCCUGAAGAGUUGAGCUCCAUCGCUUUAAAUGACCUACCUCUGCUUGCCAUGGAAUACUGCUCCAAAGGAGAUCUACGCAAGGUGUUGAACAAACCUGAAAACUGUUGUGGGCUAAAGGAAAGUGAAAUCCUUUCACUGCUCAGUGAUAUUGGUUCUGGUAUCCAAUAUCUCCAUGAAAAUAAGAUCAUCCACAGAGACCUAAAACCAGAGAACAUAGUUUUACAGGAAGUCAAUGGGAAGCUUGUCCAUAAAAUCAUAGAUCUGGGUUAUGCUAAAGACCUAGACCAGGGAAGUCUGUGUACAUCAUUUGUUGGAACUCUCCAGUAUCUAGCCCCAGAGCUGUUUGAGAGUAAACCCUACACUGUAACUGUGGACUACUGGAGCUUUGGGACAGUCAUCUUUGAAUGUGCUUGUGGCUUCCGGCCCUUUUUACACCACAUGCAGCCUGUACAGUGGACGAGUAAAGUGAAGAACAAAGGCCCUAAAGACAUUAUGGCAAUAGAAGACAUGAAUGGAGAAGUCAGAUUCUCAGCACAUCUUCCUUACCCUAAUAACCUGAGCAGGCCAUUGUCAGAGCCAAUUGAGUCUCUUCUCCAAAUGCUACUGUUGUGGGACCCUGCAGCACGUGGUGGAGGAGUUGAUCCAGAAACAAACAAGCCGCACUGCUACACUACAUUGCAGAAUAUUCUCAACAUGAAGGUCAUUCAUGUGUUGGACAUGACGUCAGCCCAACUGCACUCACUGGUUUUGGGUCCUGAGGACAGUUUACACUCCCUACAGCUUCAUCUGGAGACUCACACUCAGACACACAUCUCUCCACUGAGUCAAGAGCUACUGUUAGAGACGGGAAUCUCCCUCGACCCACGCAGACCGCCAGCACACUGUCUGCCCGAUGGACCGCAAGGCUGGGACAACUCCAUAGUGUUUCUCUUUGAUAAAAGCCUGACCAAGUAUUCUGGACCACUGACUGCAAGACCUCUGCCAGACAGUGUCAACUUCAUAGUCAGGGAGACGAAAACACAGCUCCCACUGGCAGCGCUGAGGAAGGUGUGGGGAGAAGCAGUCAGUUAUAUCUGUGGACUAAAAGAGGACUAUCUACAUCUUUACCAGGGACAGAGAGCAGCCAUGCUGAGUCUGCUGCGUUAUAACACCAACUUAACACGGUACAAGAACCAGCUCUUCUCUCAGUCUCAGCAGCUGAGAGCCAAACUGGCUUUCUUCAAGACCAGCAUCGAGCAUGACCUUGAGCAGUACACCAAACAGAGACACACUGGGAUCUCCUCAGAAAAAAUGUUGAAGACAUGGCAGGAAAAUGAGGAAAAGGCUGACAGCUUUACAAAGGUUGCAGACGUGGGGUAUCUGGAUGAAGAGAUAGUGGCUCUACAUUCUGAGAUUGUAGAGUUGCAGAGAAGUCCAUUUGCAAGGAAACAAGGCGACGUGAUGAAGCAGUUUCAAGAAAAAGCUAUUGAACUCUACAAGCAGCUCAAAGCUAAAUGCAAAAGUCCUGACCCUCCUCAUGGCUACAGUGACAGCUCCGAUAUGGUAUGGACCAUACUCCAAACGGUGCAGAACCAGGACAGAGUACUCAAAGACCUGUACACUCACCUUAGUACAAUUCUGGUGUGUAAGAGACGCAUCGUUGAUUUGUUCCCUAAGUUGGAGAGGGCAAUAGAAAACAUCAAAACUGCAGAGGCUGCAGUAAUGCAGAUGCAAAUGAAGAGACAGAGAGAGUUCUGGUAUCUCCUCAAGAUUGCCUGUGCGCAGACGAAUUCUCCAUCACAGUCACUUAUUCAACGAUCCACAGACAGUGAAACUGUUGAUCAGUUACUGGAUGAGAAUCAGCAUUAUCUGACUCAACUGACGUCUCUUCUACAAGAUGCGACCCAGGAGCUGCAGCCCAGUGUAAUGGAUCAGGAUUGGAGCUGGACUAGUUAUGAAGCAGUGAAAACUCAACCCCAGAAGCUGUAGAAUCUUGCCAAAAAUCCAAAUACAUCAACAAGUGCUUUUAUCAGAGUUACACUAUCUGAAACUUUUGUGAUUUCAUAUUGUGUCAUUUAUCAACAGUACAUGUAAUACUGUAAGAAGAAUUAUAAAUUACUACAAACUGUGUUCAUAACAGCAUGAUGGUAUAAGCUAUUCAUGUUUUAACUUAAUUGUAUAUAUAUAUAUAUUUUUUUAAAUUUAACUGGCAUACACCUGUAACCAAGAUUUAUUUAUUUUAUAGGAAAAGUUAGAAUAAAUGCUUGCUGCUGACAAAACUAUGUAUAAUUGAAUAUGAAAAGAUGCCAUAAAUGUAUGAUUUUA